AUGUUUAAGAAAGAUAAAUUUGUCCAAAGUAUCAAGGUACCAUCAGAUUCCAAAGCCCUAAAUAAUAUUCCAACCCUUGAAGACAACUUCGACCAAAGCAUCAUGGUACCAUCAGAUUCCGUUUUUUCGGAUUUGCCUCUUAUAAUUAAAGAACACGAUAUGUUGCUUAAUGAUAUUAUAUGCGGAGAUUAUGUAAUAGAAGACAAUCUCACCCUCAAGAAAAUUGAAAAUUUUGACGAAGAUUACCAAAAAGGGGCUGACCCUUUUCCUAAAGACUCACAAAAAUUAUUUGACGAGCCAAUCGAUUUUUAUUUAAAUAGAUAUCAUGAAACUGCUGAAGACGAAUUUAAUGAAGCUGCUGCGACCUCCAAUGUGAAACAAAACACGCCUGAAAAAAAAGUAGACUCAAGCACAACGAUCAAUGAUAUUUUAUUCUGGCCAAAGACUCCAGUAAGAAAGGGCAAAAAGGAAGUUGAAAGGACACCCUUCGCAGUAACAUCGGCGGAAUUCAAAGAAAUGCAUUUAAAGAAGAUAAAUGAGAAAAAGAUCAAAGAGGAUGAGUUAAAGGAAAAAAAAAGGAAAAGAGAAGAAAAGAAAACAUUAAAAUUACACAAAGUUUCAACAACGAAGACUGCAAAGAAAGGAGCUAAUUCGAAGGCGAAAGACAAAAAGAAGGAAAAAAAGCAAUCAAGAACUGUUGGAAAGACGGAUCUCUUAAACAACAUCGAAAGGUCGGAACCAGAGGAAACAACAAAUAAGUUGAAGAAAGCGACACCUAAAAUUAUUAUUUUAUCUAACAGACAGAUUGUGAGUCCAAAAGAAAAAAUCAAACUACUUGACGUAGAUUGCGAAUUGCCAGUUGAAAGCCCAUUCGUAUCUUUCAUACACAAGGGCAAUAUUAAUAAAAAACAAACUAAAGAUAGAGAUGAAGAACAAACACAGGAAAGGGAAAAUAAAUUAAAUGAUAUUGAUGAAGAUAAAGCCAAAGAUGAAAAACAAAUAGAGGAGAUGGAGAACAAACUAAGCAAAAGAAGGCUUCUUUCUUUAAGGGCCUUGAAUGAUAUAGCUGAAAGAGCUGUAAAACUUAUGGAAGAUUUUUAUGGUUUAAUUACUGCAAAAGAAGAACAAAAACAAUUUUGCUGCGCUGUGUACAAGAGCAUAGAAAUCUGUAUCCAGACUGUAAAAAAGAGACCCUUAAAAGAAAAUAUCCUUGCUGAUUUGUGA